CAUCUCAUUCGGCGUUUGGUUUUCAACUGGUGACGGUGUAUUGGUUGUAUUCGCAUUCUGUCUGCCUCUAGGAAAUUACUUGAGAUGGACGUUAUGGUCCUGACAAAAAUUGUUGUUAUCUUUUCAGUGUCCCUGAUCAGUGAUGCAUUUGUAGUUCAAGAUCAAGGAAAUUUCUGGCCGCUUCCUAAAUCCUACGUUCUUUAUAACAGUAGCAUAGCAUUGAAUCCCAGCUUGUUUGAAUUCAAGGUUGUUCAAAGCGAUCUUAAUAAAUGUCGCAUUUUAAAUGAGGCAUUUAAAAGAUACAGCAAAAUAAUUGGUGACAGUUUAUCAAUCCUUCUCCGACGUGGCCAAGAAAAAAGAAAAUAUUCUCAUAACCAUCAUCACUCAUAUCGACAAGUGCUAGAUGGCCCCAAGUUUUUGGAGCACUUGGAAAUCAAUUUCUCGGGUCUAUGUGAAACUCUUCCAUACUUCGGCAUGAAUGAGUCAUACAGACUUGAAGUGGAUAACCAAAGAGCUCCCAACACUGCCAUACUUUCUAGUCGAUCGGUUUGGGGUAUUUUGAGAGGUCUUGAAACAUUCACGCAGCUUCUUCAAGUAUCAGAGAAUGGAUUAUCGUUGGCAGUUCGCAGUGCCUCGAUCGAUGACAGUCCUCGAUUCUCGCACCGAGGCUUGCUCAUUGACACAUCCAGGCAUUUCCUUCCGGUCGAAACAAUCAAACUCAUCAUUGAUGGAAUGGAAGCCAACAAACUGAAUGUUCUCCACUGGCACAUUGUCGACGACCAAAGUUUCCCCUACCAAAGUGAAUUAUUUCCUGAUUUAAGUGGCAAAGGUGCUUAUGACCCACGACUUCUUGUUUAUACAAUAGCUGAUAUUCAAGCUAUAAUACUAUAUGCUGCUGUGAGGGGAGUCAGAGUGAUGCCAGAAUUCGACACACCAGGUCAUACUACUUCGUGGGGAUUCGGUCAACCGGGUUUGCUGACGAAAUGCAAUAAUCUAGUAACGGAGUAUGGACCAGUCAAUCCUAUAAAUGAAGAUAAUUAUUUAUUUUUAAGAGAUUUGUUCAACGAAAUCAUUCACAUAUUUCCUGAUGGAUACCUACAUUUAGGAGGUGACGAAGUAAAUUUCGAUUGCUGGGCAAGCAAUCCAGAAAUAAAGAAAUGGAUGGUAGAUAACAAAAUGUCCGGUGACUAUGCUAAACUAGAAAGCUUCUACAUACAAAAAAUUAUUGAUAUUGUUGAAAAACAAUUCCGUACGAAUACCAUAGUAUGGCAAGAGGUUUUUGACAAUGGAGUGAAUCUGUACAACUCUACAAUCGUUCAGGCGUGGACAGGGAACUACGAGAAAGAAUUGGAUCGGAUCACCAAUGCUGGACACAAGGCGCUGCUGUCCAGCUGCUGGUACCUGGACUACCUGGACACGGGAGGCGAUUGGAAGAAGUACUACAAGUGCGAGCCGCUGUCGUUUGGUGGAAGUGCGGCGCAGAAGGCGCUGGUGAUUGGCGGCGAGGCGUGCAUGUGGGGGGAGUCGGUCGACGAGACCAACGUGGUGCAGCGCAUAUUCCCGCGCGCCUCUGCGGCCGCCGAGAAGCUGUGGUCGCCGCAAGACGACUUCCGCAACAUCCAUCAGGUGGAGGGUCGUCUCGACGCUCACGUCUGUCGCAUGAAGCGACGCCGCAUCCCUGCUCAGCCUCCCAAUGGGCCUGGAUUCUGUCUAUGAUUCCCACCGCUUUACCACCAAUUUAAUUCUAAGUUUACCCAAUGAACACAGAUAAUGUGGAAUUUCUACAUAGUAAGGUUAAAUAAAAACUAUAUUGUUAGUUCCAGUAAUGUGCAACUGACAAUAUCGCUUUUAUUUCACCUAAUUCAAUGUUAUCGUUUUAAGAAUAAGGCAUGCAAUAUCGUCAGACAGUUGUCAUUUUUUAUACAAGAUAAUGUAAUAUCGUCGGACAUUUUUUACAAAUUACUUUAUAAGAUUGUAUACUUGGAUGUUGAAAAAUUAUAAAAUUCCAAUUGUUCUUAA